GCUAAAUACCACUCAGCUCGCCAGAUCCUUUUGCUCCCAUGACGGCCGGUGCCGCUUCCAGCGGAAGCCGGGCCAACCGCUGGGCGAAGCACGCGGCCGAGAGGGAUGCGGAAAUCCAGAGCGCAGCCAUCGCACUGCAGGUGCUGCUGCCGGAGAUUGCGGAGGGCAAGAUCCAGCAAUGCCUCAGGGAAAACUCCGGGGAUGCGGACAUUGCGUGGAAGCAGCUCCAGACAAAUGACCAGGCAUCUCCACAUGCACCCUCCGAGAGUGACGACGACAUGGCGGCCAUCCUUGCGGCCAUCGAGAUCGCGGAGCGCGCGGACGUGGCCAACGAGGCGCCGAGCUCUCAGGAGUCUGAAGAGGAGGCGAGGUCAGUUCUCGCCCAGGCGCUAGAGGCAUCGGAAGCCAUGCAGGCGCCCGUCGAGCCCAUGGAGACCUCUCCGGAACCCGCGAAUGUCCCGCAGGCUCCUGUCGAGGAGACGGAGGAGGUGAUCAGCCAGGACGUUGAGCGCCCAGUUGGCCACGAAUUUUCAGAGCCCGAUGCAAGGGAAUGGCCAAAGGCUACUGUCCAGCCGGAGGCGCUCGAGGAGACCCCGGUCAAAGCUUCGAUGGUGCAGGAGACUCCCAGGGUACCGGACUGGCUUCCUCUGCUGAAGCCGAAACUGGUGCCCAAUGCCAGGCGCAGCUCCAACUUUGACCGCCAAACGGAACGGCUCAAGGCAGCCUUGGGCCCGGCGCCAAAGCCCGUGAGCGUGCCCUCCGCGCAUGAUCUUGACGUACGAGGUAAGACGCGGGGCGGGGGCUGAGCUUCAAAGGGCGGCGGCUGACGCUAGGGUGGCUUGCCGACCUGGGUCGGGUUCCUGUUUGGAUCUUUCCCUUGG